AAAUCAUCUAUGAAUGAUAGCGACGACUCCAAUUCUUCUUUUACAUUCAACUCUUUAGUAUUUUCACCACCACCACCACCACAAACAACACCACCAUCACAACAGCAACAACAACAGCAACAACAACGACAACAACAACAACAAGCAUCUACUAGUGACCAUAUUCAAGUAUCAGAGAACAAAAAUGUUCAAGCCGCUUUUGACCAAUUGACACGAAAAGAUAAUUCAACAUCAAAAACUUCAUCUUCUCCACCAGCUUCAUUUACUCAACGACUUAUUGAUCGAGGUAUACCAGUACCUUCAUUUCCGAGUUGGGAUCGUCCUCGUUCAAACCAUACUCAUCAUUCUUCAAGUGGAACUGAUCAAGACUUAUCUUCUUCCAGUGGUUCUUUGAUGAACGAGUUUGAUUCUAGUGCAUAUUUUGGUUUAUCUCCUUUUGUCACUUCAUCCUUCUCAACAACAGGAAUGUCACAUCAUGGCAACCAGUAUAACAAUAACAACACCAGUAUUAAUAGUCAAGGUUCCAAUGAAACUGGUCAUCCAUCUAUAACAAGGGCUCCCUAUAGUGAUUCGAGAUACUUUUCUCUACGACAUCGAUAUGAACAUGAAAAUGGGCCACCUCAUCAUCAACGACACAAUACACGACAUAGAAACGGUUCUGACGACGACGAUGAUGACGAAGACGAUGACGAAGAAACCACUGGCAACUUCUCUCCUGACAUGAUGAAAGCAGGUCGAUUGCAUAAUAACCGGUUACAACAUAUACAACAUGAAGACAGUGAUAUUGAACUAUCAGAUGAUGAUUUGGAAAAACAACAUUCUCCUGGAUUGGCACCUCCUAUAAACACUUCUCAUCAUCACAACGAUCAUCAUCAUUAUCAUCAUACCGCCUCACCUUUUCUCUGGAGGACAGCUGCUGGAAAUAGACGGAAGACUGAAAGUGGUAAAGCAAGAUCACCAUCUCCUUUGGCCCCUUUUUCUUCAUCAGUUUCUCAUCAACAAGAUUCAAGUAAUACUACUUAUGAUGACGAUGAAAUGGUACCUCCUUCAUCUAUGGAUAGGUUCAACAAGAUUCUAGCCAUGAAAGGUUAUACAAAAGAUGCAUUACCGUCUUUGGAUGAUCACGACGAAAAACAUCAACAAUAUUUUCCUAUGGUUCCACCAUCACCACCACAGCUACCGCCUUUGGACUUAUCAACAACAUCAAAAUUGGAUUCAACGACUACAACAACACCAGCAUCUAAUAAACUCGCAAGGAAAAGUCCACGAUCCCACUUGUUGCAAUCACCAGUAUUUGAAGUUGUCAAUGCAAACACCGUCAAGGAUCGCUACCUAUUUCUUUUCAACGAUCUAUUAUUGAUAUGCAAACCUAUUAUGGAUGAAAACAUCAUUGUUGGUGGAGGCUCUGUACGUAAUAGUGAAAAUGGAGGCCAUGGUGAUACUCGAUAUCGUUUUAGACCCAAUGAAAACAGUUUAUUCCAAGUCAAGAAUAUUGUUGAACUCAGCAAACUCACUCUCUAUUUGACUCCAGAAGAUCAACUUUUGCGACGACAACAUCAACAACAACAACAACAACAACAACAACAACAACAACAACAAGGUGUGUCUUCUCCUACGCCACCUCGAAAGAUGCAUCCUAUCUUGGCAACAGCUUUACGAAAAUUCAAAUCUAGUGCGGAAUCUGGUAUUGACUAUCUUUUAAGCAAACAAGUAUUGACAUUGGAUCCUCUUAGUAUUGCCAACUUUCUAUUCAAGACACCAGAUCUCAACCGAAGACAACUUGGAGCCUAUCUUGGGGAUAGGAAACAUGGGGAUAUUUAUGAUGCUUUUCUGGAUUGUUUCCGUUUAGUUGGUCUUCGAUUAGAUGAAGCUUUACGCAUUUUAUUGACAACUUUUCGCCUACCUAGUCAUUGGGAAUCUUUGGAAUACGUGAUUGAACGAUUCGCUAAAAAGUGGCAUGAUGCAAAUCAAAAUGUGGUCAAGUUUCAUGAAGAUAUGGUUGUCAAGGUAGUAGUGGCUAUGCUCUUCCUCAAUGCCGAAAUUUGGUACGAUGCCGAUAGUAAUAAGGAUGUUUUUUGGUACGCCAGGAAAGAAAAAGAAAAAAGUGACCGACAACGAUUGACUCGACGUGCAACGACCAUGGAUCAAUAUCGCGACAAUAUAUCCACACCAUCACCACCAGAGGAAAAAACAUCGUCUUUCUCCGCUAUGACAACAAGAUCUUCCACUGUAGCUGAUCGUGGACAAUAUCAACAUCGCCACCAUCAUCUACAUCACAGAGAUAGUGUCGCUGUGGAGCCUCUUCAUUACAUUACAGCUUUACGUGAAAAAUCUGGACAACCCCAUCAAACAACUUUACAAGAAUUCUUGGAGAGAUGGACUCAUUUUGAUCAGUAUACUUUGGUACCUCGAGAAUUUAUGGAAGAAAUGUAUCGAUCGAUUUUAAAUGAACGCUUGGAAACUGGCAGGGAUAACAAGGCAACGACAUCUACAUCAAACAAUGAUAUCACAAAUUCUCCCGAUCAUGAUGAAGAAAAUGAAACUGAUGACUAUGAAAACUAUGAUAACGACAUCGAAGACAAUAGCGAAAUCAUCACAGUAACACCUCAUCGACUUCCAACACGAUUGAUCAAGGGUGUAGCAUCCGCAGAAAUUACUUUGUCCAUUCCACAACCUGAUGCCGGUCUUCAAAUUAAGCUACGUGGACAAGAUUUAGUGAUUCAACCCAAUGUUCUCGAUUUUUCUACUUCAAAUACACAAUCCUUCACCAUCACCGGCAACACUCUAGGACGUACCAGUCUUAUGUUUAUCAAAUCUGGAAUUCAUGCAGGGAACUAUGUCAGUCCAGCUUUACCAAGAACCAAGACCAUUGUAGUGGAACGACCUUUUAUGCGAUUCACUUUCCAGAUUGCUUUCAGUCAUACCGAUAUACGUGCUGUCAAAGCAGCAGCGAUCAAAGCAGCAAGAGCAGCAGCAGCGAAAACUACAUCUACUAGUGGAAACAACAAUGAUAAUGACGAUACCCAUGGUGGCAAAAAUAUAGAAAACACCAACAACCAUUCCAACAAAUUGACAUCACCCAUUACUCCAACAUCACAAACUCCUGUGCAAGACGAAUCGGAUGAAGCACUCUCAGCAUCAACAGUAGCACAAGAUGGAUCAGGUAUUGUGACAUCAAGCAAAUCGACUAUGGUAAAACGACGGUAUAUGUUUAGUGUGGAAACAGAAAACGAGAAACUGGCGUGGAUGUACCAUCUGGCGAAUUUAUGUGGAUGUGUUGUGCUUGUAGGUGGUGGAGACUCAACAUCAUCAUCGAAAACAAUUAAGAACAUUCACAAGAAACGCCCCAUGUCAACAAAUUCAACAGCUUCAGCAUCAUCAUCAUCUAUAUUGGCAACACCAUCAUCAUCAUCAUCAUCAUCACUAUCAUCUGCGGAAGAACGUGUAGCAUUACAAGUACUAAAGGAAUUAUUACUGGCAGAUGAAGUGAAAAAAGGGACGGCUAGUGUGACUAUGCGGUCAGCAGCAGCAGCAGCGGCAGCAGCAACAGCAACAGGGACGAACAAGGAUGAUACUGAAGAGAACAAAGGUGAACAUCAGCAAGAGAUGGUCAUCUCAAAGGACGAUACAACUGAUACAAGGAUAACAUCAACAGACAAUGGUAAAAUUCUAUCGCAACAAAAGAAAAAAGAUGAUGCCAGUGGUGAAAAUAGCCGUAGCUCUCUGAUCUCCUUAUCUGGUGGUGGCACCAAUGUGGUUACCAAACGCGGUCAUGAAAUCAUAAAGUUGGUUGUCCAGAAUUCGAUGGUGCCUUUUAUGUUGGGAUUUUUACGUAGUCAGAUUGAAUAGUGUAUGUGUCCAUCAGUUAGUCCUCCAUGAC